AUGCUUCGGAAGGGAAAGGAGAUCGCCUUGCAAGCGAAGGAGUCCACCAAUUUCCUGGUGAACUCCUUGCGCGCCAAGUACAGUUCCUGGAGCGAAGGAGGCAGUUAUCCAUCUGACCUUCCGUCUGGCCAGCCUUUCAGGCCAAGUGGGCAGCUGGUGAGCGGCCAAGUGGUGAGCGGCCAAGUGGUGAGCGGCCAAGUGGUGGGCUCCAACUUUGGUGGAUUCGAGGCUGGGGGAUACGGCGCCAAAGAUUGGCCAUCUCAAACAUCCAAUGGGUGGCCCUCGUUCGUGCCUUGGAUGCUGCAGGAAGUGCACAGCCAGCCUCGCUCGCCAUGGGAUACUGCUGAGGUUCGGAGAACACAGCCGCUGGAACAUCGGAGUGGCCGCAGCCCUUGGAGCUGA